GCGCCCACUAAAGAACACCUUAAACCACCCCCUUUAUAUUCACCACAAAAGCGUUACAAUUUGAUCACUAAAAAUGGGAAAAUCAGUUUAUCAUUCGUCGUCGAUUGCAAUGGCGGAGAAGGUUUGCUGUUACUUUGCUGUAUUGAUGGCGCUGAUGCUGGUUUUGAGCUGCUGCGAGUCGAGCGAGGAGGAGUUUGUGGGUGGGAUUCAGAGGAGGAGGAGGAUGAUGAUGGUGAAGAAGCCGUGUGAUGAGAUUUAUGUGGUCGGGGAAGGGGAGACUCUGCAGACUAUCAGUGAGAAGUGCGGGGAUCCCUUCAUUGUUGAGGAGAAUCCACAUAUUCAUGACCCAGAUGAUGUUUUUCCGGGUCUGGUUAUCAAGAUUACUCCCUUCAACAACAUGUAGACUACAUAGUCUACCUUUCUUCUUCUUCUUCUUCUUCUUCUUCUUCUUAUUUUUUUCAAGUUUUGGUUGUUUUCUUGUAGGAAAAUGUAAGAUUGUGUUAAUUAGGAACAAAGGUUUUUCUUGUUGGUUGUAAAUUUUUAUAAAUAAUGAUGUGAAGGUAUGAAAACUAUGUAUGUUAUAUUCAAUUCGGUAUAAAAGGUUAAAGUUAGG